CACCCCCCUCAUCCCCAGUCCUCUCAGCAUCUUAUCCACUCACACUUCUCUAUUCCGAAGUACAAGAGACAGAUUUGGUGUCCAGCAAUCAGCGAAAGAAAACACGUCCUUCAUUCGUCAGCGGAUGCAUCCGUGGCUCUCGUUUACCCUCGUUGAGCGGAUCUGACCUGCUCACUUCCGAGCUCUCUCCUCAUCUCCAUGUCCAUGGUAUUUUUAGGUAUCCCUCGCACUAGCGAUCUGCUGCUGCUGCUGCUGCUGCUACUUGAUCUUUCGCGUGAUUCUCUUCCUCUUUCUGCCUUCUUCCUGAAUCCACCAUCUUAUUCGCACCUCGAUUUUGCCGAAGCCGGUUACUUCUGCGUCAGUGUUUCGGUCCCAACGUCUCAGCUUGUCUCUGGGUGGUGGGACGCCCUCCAUGUAGGCAAUCGAUCGACCCUCCUCCGGCUCUUUGCUCGUAUCGCUUUAAAAUCGACGAAGGUGCAGUCACUCAGCUGGAUCCUCCCGCCGCGGAUCAGUGCUUCUUAAGCAGUCCGACCUCACUCGUUCACCUGUGCGACCGGAGCUUCCUGGAACCUAGAACGAGCUUAACUCUAUUAUCACUUUCCCGCUGGGAACCGAG